AUGCUUAUAUUUUUAAUUCUUUUGUUUCAGACGUUUUCAGUCUUUACAAAUUCAGUUUCAAUUUGCAAAUAUUAGUAUUCUUCUUAACUCUUAAAUAAAUUUCAAUUAAGAGGGUAUUAUUAAGAUGUAGCUGCUGAAUUUAAUGGAACAUUUGUAAAAAAUGCAAGAAAUAUUAGAUUUGUUGGUUCUUCUUUGAAUAUAAGUCCAUUUAGAUAUUAAUUAUAUUAUGUUUGGAAUAGAUAAGGGCAUGUUGGAACCUUAGCCUCAACCUCAACUUCAAUUGACAUUUAAUUUUCAUAAGCUUAUGAGAUUAAUCAAAUAAUCGUAUGGUUUUAUGAUAUUGAUGGUAGAAAUCAUUGUUUUAAAAUUAUUGCUUUUGAUUAAUACAAUCAAGAAACAGAAUUAUUUUAAGGAUUAAAUUUGAUUGGGAUUGUAAAAAUUUCAUUUUAAGAUUAAAUUGUAUAGACAUUAAAAAUUGUGCUUUUACCUGGUGGAACAUAUAAUGAUCUAAAUAUUAUAAAAAUUUCAGCUUUCUAUGCUAAUAGAAGCAUGAUUUGA